UCGCCCUCCUCCUUCCAGCCUUAGGCCUUGAUCCAACAGCCAUUAGCCUUCAGAGGAGUGUGAGCAUGGGGAACUGCUUGGUUCUUCAGGAGAAGAAGGUGAUCAGGAUAGUGAAGAUGGACGGAGAGAUCCUUCGGUACCGAUCGCCGAUGAAGGUUCAGCAGGUGCUGGAUGAGUUCCCCGGGCACGCAGUCUCCGACGCGCUUCCGGUGGUCACGUACUUGGAUCCGGCGCUGUGUUUGAGACAGGGGCAGCUGUACUAUCUUCUUCCACCGAAGAAGCCGGCGGCAGCGGUGGAGACCAGCGUCGGAGAGGAGGGGGUGAUCAGAAUCAAGCUGGUGAUAACUAAGCAGCAGCUGAAGGACAUGUUGAGCAAAGGAGGGGUGUCCCAUGGUGACAUGGUAUCUUUUCUACGGGGACAAGGAGACAGAAGUGGUGCAAGUGAGAAAGAGAGAUCCAUGGAGUGGAAGCCUACUCUGGAAAGCAUACCAGAAGGCAAUGAUUUCUGCUAGGAAUUGGGUUCUCCAACUAAUUAGCUGAAGGAUGAUUUAGAUCUGAUAAGCUCAUCAUGUAUACAUACAUAUAUAUAUAUGCAAUCAUAGGAAGGGGUUCUCUUUCUCUUUUCUUCUCUCCCCGAACCAGAGAAGGCAAAGAUAGCCCAUGAAACACAUACUGAGUUAAUUCCAACUUUAUCUCUCUCCAA